GCUUAAGCCGAGUCAACAGACAAGGGCGUCAUGGCCGGGUAGAAGCCUCCAAUCACAUCACCUCUUUCUCUGGCCAUCCUCCGGGUCUUCCCACUUAUCGAACAACAUUGCCGGCUCUGCCAGCUAUCGACACCGACGGCGAAGCUUGCUAUCCAGUAGGCAAUUGGCACAGUCGGGCUUCCCUCUUAAUCCAAUCAUCAAUUCCCGAAUCACCAAACCAACUCUCCCCCUCUCCGUCCCUCUCCCUCCCUCCUCAGCUGCCAUGUCGGCGUUCGGCUCGGUCCCUGCGCUGCGGAGCACUGCUGCCCACGCCUCUGCCUCCGCCUCCCUCUCCCUCCGGGCUGCCGCCGCCCCCUCCUCGACGACGAUAGCGAGCCGUUUGCAGCGGGCAACAACACGACAGCCAUGGUUCCGCGGGGUCGGCUCGAGGCGGUCCGUUGGGACUAUGCCCAAUGGCAAUGAUACGCAGCAGAAGCUGCUUUCUGCACAUUUGCAACAGGCCGAUCCGAUUAUGCACGACAUCAUUGAGAAGGAGAAGAUCAGGCAAAAGCAGUUCAUCAACCUGAUUCCGUCCGAGAACUUCACCUCGCAGGCCGUGCUGGAUGCUCUAGGGAGUCCGAUGCAGAAUAAAUACUCCGAGGGUUAUCCCGGCGCGAGGUACUACGGCGGCAACGAGUUUAUCGACGCUUCCGAGAGACUGUGCCAGCAGCGGGCGCUUGAGGCGUUUGGCUUGGAUCAGAGGGAAUGGGGUGUCAACGUUCAGGCUCUCUCCGGUGCUCCCGCGAACCUCUACGUCUACUCGGCAUUGAUGGACACACACGACCGCCUCAUGGGCCUCGAUCUACCCCACGGAGGGCACUUGUCCCACGGAUACCAGACACCAACCAAGAAGAUCUCGUUUAUCUCCAAGUAUUUCGAGACCCUCCCGUACCGCCUCGACGAGUCGACCGGCUACAUCAACUACGACAAGCUCGAGGAGACGGCCAGCCUCUACCGCCCCAAGAUUAUCGUCGCCGGCGCCUCGGCCUACAGCCGGCUGAUCGACUAUGCCCGCAUGCGUGACAUCUGCGACAAGGUUAACGCCUACCUCCUCGUCGACAUGGCCCACAUCUCCGGCCUGGUCGCAGCCAAGGUCAUGCCCGGCCCCUUCGCCUACGCCGACAUCGUCACCACAACAAGCCACAAGUCCCUCCGCGGCCCGCGUGGUGCGAUCAUCUUUUUCCGCCGCGGGGUCCGCCGCACCCACCCCAAGACGGGCGUGGAGGAGAUGUACAACCUCGAGAACCCCAUCAACGCCUCCGUCUUCCCCGGCCACCAAGGCGGCCCGCACAACCACACCAUCGCCGCCCUCGCCGUGGCCCUCAAGCAGGCGCAAACCCCCGAGUUCCGCACCUACCAAUCCCAGGUCCUCUCCAACGCCCAGGCCCUGGCGCGCCGCCUCGGCGAGCCCAAGGAGAAGGGCGGGCUCGGCUACCGCAUCGUCAGCGGCGGCACGGACAACCACCUGGUACUCGCCGACCUCAAGCCGCAGGGCGUCGACGGCGCGCGCGUGGAGCGCGUGCUCGAGCUCGUCGGCGUCGCAGCCAACAAGAACACGGUGCCCGGCGACCGGUCGGCGCUGACCCCCGGCGGGCUGCGCAUGGGCACCCCCGCGAUGACGACGCGCGGGUUCGGCGAGAACGACUUCGAGCGCGUCGCCGACAUCGUCGACCGCGCCGUCACCAUCGCCGUCCGCGUCGACAAGGCCGCCCGCAAGGCCGCCGAGGAGAAGGGCGAGGUCAAGACGGCUGGCCGCCUCAAGACCUUCCUGGAGUAUCUCGGGUCUGGUGAGACGGAUACCGAGAUUGUGCAGCUCCGGAGCGAGGUUGCGGAUUGGGUUGGGACGUAUCCCCUGCCGUGGGAUGCCAAGCCGUAAGUGAAGGGGGGUUGGUUGUGUGGAAAAUAGGGGGUGGAGGAAAAGGGACGGGUUUUGUGAGAGGGUUAGACGAUGGAGAUGAUACUAUGUAACUGUUCAUGCGGCUUUGGCUUUUUGUUUGUUGUCACCACGAGGCGUUGUUGUGCCGGGCGAGCGGGUUUUAACAGUCACUUGCCCCGAUUCUUCUCGGCUUUCAACUCGAGGAUGGAAGUCGGUAGCCGAAUCUGAUAUAUCGAUACACUGCCGAGACUGCGUGUUGGGGUGCUGAUCGAGGAUGUCAAGGGUCUGUCUGUGCUAAGAGUACGUCAUGGCAUGUAUCGAGCAUCGGGAACCCGCACGUGGUAUAUGAGGUCCGCCUCGCUGACUUCGACCGAGGCACACCGCCCACUCGACGGUUUGGCCAAAUGGUAACCGGCGGUGGUCCUUGAGGCCCGGGCG